AUGUCCACACCCAGCUCCCCAAUCGGACUGGGAUCGUCCCCCCAGCGGGACAACAACGUGUCGUCGUCGCCCCUGUUUAUGGGCUCGUCGAAUCCCCCCAGCGAGCUCGGCAUGGCUUCGUCGCCGGCCAUGAUGCCGUCUUCCGGCGGCACCCGACGACUUCCCUCGUCCACCGGAGCUCGUCAGGGUGGCGCUCCUUCGUCCAGAGGAGCCGCUCUUCUGUCUGAUCUCGACUCCACCCCAACUCGCGCCACCGCCGGCGGUCGUCAGCCCCGAGGCGACAUUUUCUCGUCCGACAUCAACACGCCACGUCGACAAACGACCUUUGGAAACGGCUUCGAAAGCUCGCCAAUGCGCCUGGACUCUGAGGGACUGUCGUCCACGGGUCUCGGGCUCCAGAGCGACAACGACAUCUCCACCGCGGGCCUCAUGCCUUCCGAGGGGAUCUCCACAGACGGAAACGAGCCGCGAGCGGUACUUUGGGGCACAGACAUCGCCAUUCCAGAGGUGAUGGCCAAGUUUCGACGGUUCCUGAUGCACUUCAAACCGAGCUACCGGGUGCAACUAGAUGGCACGGUGUUGGAAGACAUUGGAGCCACUGGACAACACACAAACUCGGACCCUGACAGACUGUACUACGUGAUCAUGCUGCAGCAGAUGCACGAACUGGGCAUGACCAACCUGAACCUGGACAUGCAGAACCUGCUGGCGUAUCCUCCGACGGCGUCUCUCUACCGAAAGCUGGUGCUCUACCCCCAAGAAAUCAUCCCUCUGAUGGACCAGACCAUCAAGGACGUCAUGGUCGCUCUCCUGGUCGAGGGAAGUGAUCACCCGGAGGAGUCGGUAAUCCAGGAGGUGGAACAGACAAUGUACAAGGUGCGUCCGUAUGGCCUGGGCACAGAUCGAGGCAUGAGAGAGCUCAAUCCUUCAGACAUUGACAAUCUUGUGUGCGUCAAGGGACUGUCUUUGAGAUCAACGCAGGUCAUUCCUGACAUGAAGGAGGCGGUUUUCAAGUGCUCGGUGUGCAACCACACCGAACCGGUCCAAAUCGAAAGAGGUAUUAUCGCCGAACCUGUCGUUUGUCCUCGAACUGUGUGCCAGAGUAAGUACUCCAUGCAAAUUCUGCACAACCGGUCCAUUUUCGGCGACAAACAGGUUGUGCGACUCCAAGAGACACCGGACGUUGUUCCCGACGGCCAGACGCCCCACACGGUGUCUCUCUGUGUCUAUGACGAGCUUGUGGACGCCUGCAAGGCCGGAGAUCGGGUCCAGGUGACGGGUAUUUACCGAUCUGUACCUACGCGAGUGAAUCCCCGAAACAGAACCAUCAGAUCGCUGUUCAAGACCUACAUUGACGUUGUUCACGUGCAAAAGACCGACAAGACUCGUGUCCAGGUUGAUACCGACAUAUCUGGAGCCAACAACGAGGACGCGGCUGAGAAGAAUGACGUGGAGGAGACGCGAAAAAUCACCGUCGACGAAAUGGACCGAAUCAAGGAGGUGUCUGAACGAGCCGAUCUCUACGACCUCAUGUCCCGGUCUCUGGCUCCGUCCAUCUACGAACACGACGACGUUAAGAAGGGUAUCUUACUGCAGCUGUUUGGAGGCACAAACAAGACGUUCACCAAGGGAGGUGGACCCAAGUACCGAGGCGAUAUCAACGUUCUUCUGUGCGGAGACCCCUCCACAUCGAAAUCUCAGCUGCUUCAAUAUGUGCAUAAGAUUGCUCCGCGAGGAGUGUACACUUCAGGCAAGGGCUCUUCGGCCGUGGGUCUGACAGCAUAUGUGGCACGCGAUCCCGAUACUCGACAGCCCGUGCUUGAAUCUGGCGCUCUGGUUCUUUCGGAUGGCGGAGUUUGUUGCAUUGAUGAGUUUGACAAGAUGAGUGACGCCACCAGAUCGGUGUUGCACGAAGUCAUGGAGCAGCAGACGGUGUCGAUUGCCAAAGCCGGCAUUAUCACCACCUUGAACGCACGAACGUCCAUCAUUGCCUCAGCCAACCCCAUUGACUCUCGGUACAAUCCCGAUUUGCCCGUGACAAAGAACAUUGAUCUUCCUCCUACACUUUUGUCUCGUUUUGAUCUCGUCUAUCUAAUGCUUGACCAAGUCGAUGAACGAGUCGAUCGUCAUCUGGCUACUCAUAUCGCAAACAUGUACCUUGACGACAACACCGCCACUGCUGCCACUGGAGAGAUCUUACCGGUGGAGUUUCUGACUCUGUACCUGUCGUACGCACGAGCCAAUGUCUUCCCUCAAAUCACCCCCGACGCCAAAGACAGACUUGUGGCGGCAUAUGUGGACAUGCGAAAGCAGGGAGAUGAUCCUCGGUCUUCGGAAAAACGAAUCACAGCCACCACCAGACAGCUGGAGAGUAUGAUUCGGCUGUCAGAGGCACAUGCCAAGAUGCGUCUUUCGUCCACAGUCGAGGUUUCUGACGUCGACGAAGCCGUGCGACUUAUCAGAGCCGCCAUCAAGGAUUACGCCACCGAUCCUGUUUCUGGACGAAUCGACAUGGAUCUGAUUCAGACAGGAACUUCUCUGGCCCAGCGAACCGCGCAGGCCAUGGUUUCUCAGGAGAUUGAGCGAGCUCUGGAGUCGUAUCCCACCGGAGAAGCUCCUUACAAUGAGGUGCAGCGCAAGGUGUUGGAUAUCACGCGCGCGGUGACGAACGAGGAGUUUUCCCAGGUGGUCCAGGGAAUGCAGAAUGAGAACAAGAUUCGCGUCACCGGCGAGGGUCCUAGACGGCGACUCAGACUUUUGGCGAUGAUGCAGUAA